AUGCUACAGUUGAUAUCUGAGGAUCAAUGUGAACACAAGGAAAUCUCUCAUCCGAGGUGUAAAGCGGCAUACGAUCGACCCCUGCUGGAGGUGGAAGAGUCUCUCAACAAAUCAGAGCGUACUAAUCUCAGUUGCUUCAGCAGAGGACAUCGCCUGGAAUUGAAAAACUAUAUGCAUAGAAUCGGCCUCAGUGAUGAAGCAGCAUGCAGACUGUGUGGGACAAAAGUGGAAGAUAUGGAACAUCUGUUGACCCGAUUCAAACAGCUGACGGAUCUGAGAAUCAGAUACGAUUUGAAGGGAAGGCUGGAAAAACUGACCACACCACCCUCUAUUGCUGUUAAAUUAUUCAUUGAUACUUUUUGCACGUUGGUGGGAAACUUAACUGGGAAGUGA